AUGGCCGAAGAAGGCAAGCUGCUCGCCGAGAGCCUCGCGACCGUGCGUACCCAGCGGGGCCAGCUGAAGCGAUGCCUGGUCAGUACCACAAUAUAGCCCGUGAUCCUUCAUCAUCGUCUGGCACGGAGCAUCGUCAUUCCCUAUGGUCACGACGUGCUUGCUUCGGUUCGAUGUGGUGCGGACACCACACCCUGGCCUUCAAACAUCACCGACAUGACUCGAGACGGCCAGCGUAUGACGCCCCACCACCCACCCCCGACCACUGUGACUCUGAUCCCGCCAUACUUGGCCAGAGUACUUGGCGCAGUCGUUCCAAUGGGCUACAAUGGGCGGUUUACUCUCGCAAGGAGCCGCCCGGCGCACCAGAGCAUACACGACGAACCGGAAGCGAAUGCCUCGAUACGGAUCCGAUCACCCUCCCAAAGCGCCGCCACAUGCCGUCACCGUCACCGUCACCGUCAUCGUCACCGUCGACCGCCAACCGGGAUUGACCACCCACCCACGCCACGUCUCCGCUCCCACACACCGAAGCUCCUGCCGUGACAGGGAUCCAUGCUGACCGCUUACCUCGCUUUCCCUCGCGCCCCCUUCGUCGGUGCAUCAGGAUGGCGAUCAGUUGAUGGAUGCUCUCAAGAGUGCAAGCACUAUGCUCGCCGAGCUGAGGAGCUCGUCCUUCAGCCCCAAGCAGUACUAUGAACUAUGUCGGUCGCGGCACCACCGCAAUGCAACUCUUAUCCCUUGCUUGUUAUGCACAACGUCUCAAUUCGUCUGAUCCCAUCCGCAGACAUGGCCGUCUUUGACGCCCUUCGGCACCUGUCGUCAUACCUUCAUGACGCCCACGUGUCGGGCCGACACCAUCUUGCAGACCUGUAUGAACUCGUUCAGUAUGCGGGCAACAUCGUACCUCGGCUAUGUACGCACACUCCCUUCUGCUUCCCGCAAACCUCGCCACGCGCAAGCGGGCUGCUGACUUCCGGCCCCUCGUCACCCACCACUUCUCCUGCAGACCUGAUGGUCACCGUGGGCACCGUGUACAUGUCCAUACCUGAGGCUCCCGUCAAGGAGAUCAUGAAGGACAUGAUGGAAAUGACGCGCGGUGUGCAGCAUCCGACCAGGGGCCUGUUUCUGCGCCAUUACCUAAGUGGCAUGACGAGGGACUAUCUACCCGUCGGUGACGAUCCAGGGUGCGCAGCCUUUUUCUAUGUGCUGCGGUCAAGUCCUGGGGAGCAUAGGAUCACAUCUCUCAUACGUGAUCAAGCCCUCCCUCCCUCUUCAUUGUGCAGACCUGGUGGUAAUCUCCAGGACUCGAUUGGAUUCGUCUUGACCAACUUCAUCGAAAUGAACAAGCUCUGGGUCCGACUGCAGCACUCGGGUCUGUCACGCGACCGCGAGCGCCGAGAGAUGGAACGGCGCGAAUUGCGCAUCCUCGUCGGCACGAACCUAGUCCGAUUGAGCCAACUUGAAGGCGUCGACUUGGAGAUGUACCGCCGAUCCAUCCUGCCAAGUAUUUUGGAGCAGGUCGUGAAUUGCAAGGACGUGAUUGCGCAGGAGUAUCUCAUGGAAGUCGUCAUCCAGGUCAGCCCCAACUCUUAAUAUUUCGCUUGUCCUCCGCAAGGCCGCUCCUCAACCAGAUCGUGUCUCAUGCUUGUCGCAGGUCUUCGUCGAUGACUUCCACCUUCGGACGCUCUCGCCGUUCUUGUCAGCGGUGGCGCAGCUUCACCCUAAAGUCGCGAUUAAAUCCAUCGUUAUUGCCUUGAUCGACCGACUGGCCGCAUAUGCCGCGAGAGAAGCCGAGAACGAGUCCCCAGAGGAACGUCAGCAGCAGGAGGAAGAAGCGGCAAGGCGACUCUUGAGAGAGGUGAAGCGUCAACGUGAGAAGGCCAAGUUGGAUGCAGACGGUCGGAGCCUAUUGGCAGGCUCUUCGGGCUCAGUGGAUGGGGAAACGGACGCGUGGGGUGCCGAAAUUGUGCCGCCGGAGCAGGACGAGGUGUCUCAGGAUGAUGCGUUGAUCGAUGGCGUCGUCCCAACCGUACCUGCGCACACCGUUCGCAAGUUCAGGGGUAUUCCGGAGAACGUGAGAUUAUUUGAGGUGUUCUGGCAGCAGGUUGUCGAGCUUAUCAAGGUGAGAUGGACAAUCGAUGGCGGCGGCGAAGGGGGGGGGGGGGGGGGGCGGGGUCGACCCAGCUGACUCUCGACAUCUGGCACAUCAUCAUCUAGGCGAGACCGGACCUCUCCAUUCAAGACAUCACAGCACUCCUCGUCUCCCUGGUCAACCUGUCACUCAGCUGCUACCCCGACAAACUUGAGUAUGUCGACCAAGUCCUCUCCUUUGCGCGAUCCAAAGUGCAGGAAUACGCCGACUCCCCAGACCUUCAUCACCCCGUCACAAUCCAGAGCCUUCUCUCGCUCUUACUCGCGCCCAUCAACUCUUACCUAACUGUACUCACCUUGCUGGCCUUACCGAGCUACAAGGAACUGCUGAUGAUUCAACCUUUUCCGACGCGUCGCUCGAUUGGGCAUGCUAUCGUCGCUUCGAUCCUCAAAAAUGAGACAGUCAUCGACUCGGCCGAAGACGUCAAGGGGGUUCUGGAUCUGUGCCACGUACUGAUGCGAGACCAGAAGGACCGCGUCGUUCCCAACCCACAAGGUUUGGGGCAGCGACAGUCCAGUGGGGCGCUCGGCGGCGUCGGGCGUGGGCAGCAGAGCUACGACGUGGAAGAGAUGGCCGAAGAACAGGGAUGGAUCGCUCGGAUGGUACAUUUGUUCAGAGCACAUGAGCUCGAGGCUCAAUUCCACGUCAGUCGAUGGCUCUGUCGAAUGACUUUCUAUUCUCACUCCUCAUGCGAUGCGGCUUGCUGACGACUGCCUGCGGACUCUGUUUCAACAUCAACACAGCUGCUUCAAACCGCCCGCCGCGAAUUCUCCGAAGGUGGAGACAGGAUACGGUGGACCUUCCCACCUCUGAUCGUUGGCGCGGUCAAACUUGCUCGGCGGUACAAGGCACGAGAGCGGUCCGUCGAAGACUGGGACGUCAAGGUUUCGUCGCUGUUCAAGUUCAUGCAUCAAUGCACCUCGGUCCUAUAUAACAAGGUUGAGUCCUCCGAAAUUUGCUUGCGACUGUACCUGCUCGCCCUCUCAGCCGCGGACGAGGCCAACCUCGAAGAAUUGGCGUACGAAUUCGCCGUGCAGGCUUUCACCAUCUACGAGGAAUCAAUCUCGGAAUCGAGGGCGCAGCUGCAGGCGAUCACGUUGAUCAUAGGUACCCUGCAAGCGACCCGUGUCUUUGGGACGGACAAUUAUGAUACACUCAUCACAAAAGCAGCUCUUCACGGCGCCAAGCUGUUGAAGAAGGGCCAACAAGCGACUGCGGUCGCACUGGCAAGCCAUUUAUGGUGGCAAACUGAUAAUGUUGUGGUCAAAGAGAUUGAUUCCGACAAGGUGAGUUUAUUUUAUCGAUGUGUGCGUAACGAAUGGACGUUGAAACGAAUUUUGCCACGUGUGUAAGGCACCGUUCCGCGAUGGCAAGCGCGUGCUUGAAUGUCUGCAAAAGUCGCUCCGGAUCGCGACGUCUUCGAUCGACGAACUUACAAGCGUUCAACUUUUUUGCGACGCUUUGGAUCAGUACCUUUGGUACUACGAGCGAGGUGUGGAAGCCGUGAGUGCCUUCGACCAGCGUUGAUCACUGAUCGCGCAACGCACGGCAGCGCUUCGUCAGCUUUCCUGACAUGUCCUCUACGCUGCUGCUCUUGCCCAGAUAUCGCCGAAGCACAUUAACAGUCUUAUCGAACUCAUCACCUCGAAUUUGGACGGGCUGCAGUCAGACGAGAUUUUAUCCGCAGCCGGUGGGGCAGCCUCCGGACUCAUCGAGAUGCCCAACAGUGUCGAAGCUACCGUUCAUCAUUUGCGCAACAUCUUGAAUUAUAUCGCCCGGAGGAAAGAGGAUGAUUCGUCGCCCCUCUUUGAACAGGUCGAAGUUGCUGGGCCAUUGCUCAAGGUAGCUUAA